AGGAUGGUGUUGUAGAAAACAUAGCACUUUCAAGAAACAAUCAUACAAAUCAAAGACAACAUCACAGCAUCAUGUAUGCACCAAAAUGUCUAGUUUUGGUUUCGAGAUUAGAUUAUAUCGAAACAUUCCGAAAUUGUUUAGGUAUUAUUUACACUGUUUAUGUAGAAAAUGUAGAAACUCCUAUAGAAACAUUAGUAGGAAAUAUGUUGGGUUGUGUUCAAGUUCCUCAGCCAGGAGGRCCUCAAGUACGCUUUAGCAUAGGUGCCGGGGAUAGACAAGCAUUACAACCUCCAUUAUCUCAAACAUUGCCCGUAACCAAAAAUGCAGUUUAUUUAUUAUUUCAAGAACUUGGAAUUCAUAAUGUUGUUGUAUUAUUCUGUGCUAUUAUGACUGAACAAAAAGUACUGAUGACUUCUAGAAGUUAUAGUAGACUCACUGAAGGUUGUUCUGCUCUAAUAUCUCUUAUGUAUCCAUUCAAAUAUAGCCAUGUUUAUAUACCAUUGUUACCUGCGGGUUUAGUUGAAGUAUUGUCCACUCCUACACCAUUUCUAAUGGGUGUACAUGCUUCUCUUAAAACUGAUGUUUCUGAACAAAUGGAUGUGAUAGUAGCUGAUUUGGAUGGUGGCAGUAUUCUGGUACCUGACGGUAUAAGUUUACCUUUAUUGCCUGAGCCACUAUUAACACAAACUCAAGAUUGUUUAAGUCUAGUGUUACAACCAGAAUUGUGUUGUGCAGACCAUGCAUUCCCUCCGACUUCUAAUACUGUUCAACCACCACCUCCUACGCUCAUUGAUAAAGAAGUGAGAGCUGUUUUUAUGAGAACAUUUGCUCAAUUACUUCAAGGUUAUCGUUGUUGUUUGACUAUUAUACGAAUACAUCCGAAACCAGUCAUCACAUUUCAUAAAGCUGCAUUUUUAGGCGAAAGAUGUUUAAUAGAUGAUGAGUUCACUACUAGAGUGUUAGACUGUAUGUUUUUUAAUAGUUUUGUUACGGAAAGAGGUCCAGCUUGGCGUUCUUGUGAUCAAUGGGAUGAGUUAUAUUGCAAUAUGAAUGAAUUACUUCGAACUGAGGCGUUAGAUGAUGGUCGUUUAGUUCUUACUCAUAUCCAGGAAUUAGCUCAAGCAUUAUACUUAAAUGAAAAUCCCAAUCCACAACCAUAUGUUCAAAAAAUCUUGAAACCUCCAGAAGGGGCAUUUACUAGAAUUCAUCAACCUCCAUUUCCAAAACUUGAUGCCAAUUGUGUUCAGACAAUUAUUGAUGACGGUUUAAUUAAACAUAAUUUGAACUCAAAUGCCGUUGACAGGUCAGGUAGUGUAUGUGAAUCUGAUGUUGAAAGUGGUUUUGCUGAACCAGAACCUAAUGAAAUUGGCAACAAGGUCAUUAAAAUGGUUAGUCGUUUUGUUGAUAAAGUGUGUACUGAAGGAGAAGUUAGUGAAGAACACAUUCGUGCAUUACAUCAAAUGAUUCCAGGCGUGGUUCAUAUACAUAUUGAAACAUUAGAUGGUGUCAAUAGAGAGUCCAAGCGAUUACCACCCAUACAAAAACCUAAAAUAUUGACACCCAAUAUGCUACCAGGAGAAGAACCACUGAUGGAUGGUUUAAGAGUUUAUUUGCUACCAGAUGGAAGAGAAGAAGGAUUAGGAGGAUUAGUUGGUGGACCACCUCUGUUACCUGCAGAAGGAGCUAUUUUUAUUACAAAUUAUCGUAUAGUAUUUAAAGGAACUCCUUUGGAUCCUUUUGCUUGUGAACAAAUUGUAGUUAGAUCAUUUCCUGUUACGUCGUUAACCAAAGAAAAACGUAUAACAGUUCAAUAUUUGGCCCACUUAGACCAAUGGUUACAAGAAGGUCAUCAAUUUAGGUCUUGCACAUUCCAGUUAAUCAAAGUGGCAUUUGAUGAAGAAGUAAAUGCUGAAGAUAUAGAAUGUUUCCGAAAAUUUAUACACAAAGUACGACAUCCUCCAAAUGUAUUUAAUCACUUUGCAUUUACAGGCCAAAUUCCAAUUUAUGAAAUGCCAAUGACAAAUGAUAAAGAAAAAAAUGCCACCCUCAAGGGCUUUGCAAAAAAAACUUUGAUGAAAACUGCUCGUAAAGCAGGUUUCAAGCAAAAGAGUUCGUCCAAACGUCAUAAAUAUGUUUUACCUAACAUAUCAAAUAGUUCAAUAAACAAGGCUAACAAAUACAUGACUACUCCCGGUCGGAUGACCCUUCCUCCAUUUAACAAUCUUGAUGACUUAUCUGUAAAUGAAUUAGAUAUUAAUGUGCUAAAUACCUCUAACAUUGUUUCUAAUGUUUCUGAUCCGAAAACAUUGGAACGUGUAACCGAAAGGAGUUAUGUACGGGAUUGGAUUCGACUAGGCCUCGCACCAAAAAAUACUAGUUCAAAUAAUAUUGGGCAGAAAAAUAAUAAUAAAGAGCCGUUUAAAAUCACCACACUAAAUUCAGCAUAUUUAAUGUGCCGCAGUUAUCCUGCUCUCUGGGUGGUUCCAUCAAUUAUUUCAGAUGACAGCAUUCGAAGGUUUUAUCGAAAUUAUCGUCAUAGUAGAGUUCCAAUUAUCACAUGGCGCCAUCAGCGAACAUCGGCAUUAUUAUUACGUGGUUCGGGGUAUCAUGGAAAAAAUCUUAUUGGGAUGCUGAAAUCAACUCAUCCAUCAUCAACAGGUACAUUGAAUUCAGAGAGCAAUUCUUCUGUAGAGCAAGAAAGAUACUUAUCAGCUAUUGUUGCUUCUACUCCUUUAUCAACUCUUCGUAAUAGUGGUGCUGCUUGGGGAUUAUCGGAUAGCAGCCUUAGUAUAAAUUCACUUUUGUUGGCUGCAGAUGAAGAUAUUCUUUCACCAGAUAUUUCACGCAGGGGCCCAAUGCGUUCUAGUGGUGGCAAUAAACAAUUUGGACGCUGGGGCUCAUUAAAAGAAAAACGUAACAUUAGUACUUCAUCAAAUAAUAGUUACUCUUCAUCUAUGUUUCAAAGUCAACAAUAUGGUCGUAUGUCGAUGGCUGAUCCCGAUUCAAAUUCAGAUAGUCCACAUGAAUUUCAUAGAGCUGCUUUGUACAUACUUGGUGAUAAAACCCAAAUGAAGGGUAUGAAAGGUGAUUCUAUCAUGAAAAUUGAUUUUAUCCCAAUUGAGUAUGCUGACAUUCGUCAUAGUAAGACUUCGUUUAAAAAACUUAUGCGAGCAUGUGUACCAAGUUCUACUAGUAAUGAGCCAGAACAUUCUUUUUACAAAAUGAUUGAAAGUUCAGACUGGUUACAACAAUUACGAAACAUUAUGCAAUUGUCUGGGGCUAUAGUAGAUUUGAUUGAUGUGCAAGGUUCAUCAGUCAUGUUAUGUUUAGAAGAAGGAUGGGACAUAACUUGUCAACUGUCAUCAAUUGCACAAUUAUGCAUGGACCCAUAUUAUCGCACAAUCGAAGGUUUCCGGGUGUUGGUUGAAAAAGAAUGGCUUGCAUUUGGUCACCGGUUCAGUCAUCGCAGUAAUCUAGCCACUGCAUCCCAAGCUUCUGGGUUUGCACCAACCUUCUUACAGUUUCUUGAUAUUGUCCAUCAAAUCCAUGGCCAGUUCCCAUUAUCAUUUGAAUUCAAUGAUUACUAUUUGAGAUUUUUGGCAUAUCACUCAGUGUCUUGUCGAUUCCGAACGUUUUUGUUGGACUGUGAACUGGAAAGAGUAGAAUGUGGAGUGGCUGCUGUUGAAGACAAACGAGGAUCACUUACAUCACACCACAAAAGCGUUGACACUGGUUCAGACGAUGAUAUUGUUUAUCCGGGAGGCCGUCUAGCCGGUAACAAUGUCUCGUCUCACUAUGUACCAAAUUUGGGACAAUCUGUGUUUGAUUAUAUUGAAAAACAUAAUGCACGUACAUCAAUAUUUUACAACUUCAUGUACAUGCCAAAUAUUGAGCAACCKGUCCUUAGACCACAAUCCUCAUUGCCUAAUUUGAAUGUUUGGCAAUAUUAUUUAAAUGAAGAAUUGGCUCACGGACCCAGCUACGAUUUGGAAAUWAUUCAGAUGGAUAUGCAACAAGAAGAAGAAGCUGAAGCUGCAGACGGUAUUUCUAUCAAAAACCAACGGAAAGUCAUAACAACUGGGUAUAAUAUAGUAGAACGAUAUAUGCCAGAUGCAUUUAAAUAUUUAUUGGAUGACAUUCAUAAAUUAGAAACUGAGCUAGGCCUUUUGCCUCAAAAAUGGAAGGUUCUCUGGGAUAAAUUAGAAAUUCCGGUUACUGCAGAAUCGUUAAAGAGACACGCUUCGUUUAGUACACAACUGGUCAGAUAUCACGGGCGGUUGUUGCACAAACGAUCCACCAUUGAAAUUCUCAUGCGUGGCAAAGCAAGUAACACUUCAUCUACAAACACGGAUACGAAUCCACCUCAUUCUCAUCCACAUCGCUUUGAAAAGUAUAACUUUACCACUCCUACCUACUGUGAUUUUUGUUCUAGUCUUCUCUGGGGACCCGUAAAGACUGGUAUGAGAUGUUGCGAUUGUGGUUAUAGUUGUCACGAAAAAUGUUCAGAAAAUGUACCUAAAAGCUGUACUAAAUAUAAGGCUGUUGCAGACCGAACGUUAACUAAUCAAAAUGCUAACAGAACAUGUGGUGAAACAACUUCAGUGAAUUCAAAUAUGAAUGGUAUUCAUCAGCAAUAUUAUGAACAAUUCUCAUCCAAUGUUGCCGAGAACAGGACUCAUGAAGGUUACUUAUACAAACGUGGAGCUCUUUUGAAAGCAUGGAAACAACGUUGGUUUGUUUUGGAUUCAAUAAAACAUCAAUUGAGGUACUAUGAUUCUAUGGAUGAUUCACAUUGCAAGGGAUAUAUAGAUCUUGCUGAAGUAAUGUCUGUGUCUCAAGCCAACCCAACACCUGGCGCACCUAAAAAAACUGAUGACAAAUCUUUCUUUGAUCUGCGUACAAACAGAAGAACAUACAAUUUUUCUGCUAGUGAUAUGACUACCGCCCAAGAAUGGAUAGAAAAAGUCCAAGCUUGUUUGCAAUAAUCAAAUGUUUU